GUCUACACCCCCGGCACACGCCUAGUGACUCCUCACUUGAACGGCUCACCUCCACGAGAGCAGACGUUUAUGUAAUACAGCACACUUUGAUGGACAGCUAAUUGACACCAAAGCAAAUUUGUCGUGAUAUUCACGUCAACAUUGAUCAUCGUCAAAAGUGGAGACAAUUUUUUUUGCUGAAGUCACCUUUUCAUAUAUUUAAAAAAAGGUUUUCUUUUAAUUUUCUUCGACUUUCAACAUGACGUCUCCAAAUGAUCUUGUUCCGGCUCAACAUCAAACACCUCCAAGUGUUACACAUCCUGGGGUUAUCGGCGGAUUCUACAGUCCCUUUGGGGCCAUGGGGCACGGUGUGAGUCCCUAUUCCCACCCAUCCUCCAUGUACUACCCACCGUUGGACUUCAAUAGAGCCUACGCUCUUAGGAUGAUUGAGGAAAUGCAACGACGAGAACAGCCGCAGAAACCGCCGUUUUCCUACAUUGCACUCAUCGCCAUGGCCGUCAAGAGUGCACCCGACAGGAAAAUCACCCUAAACGGAAUCUACCAGUUCAUUAUGGAGAGGUUUCCAUAUUACCAUGACAACAAGCAAGGGUGGCAGAAUUCUAUCCGGCACAAUCUCAGUCUAAACGAUUGUUUCGUGAAAGUUCCCAGAGAAAAGGGCAAACCUGGAAAAGGUAACUACUGGACCUUGGACCCUAACUGUGAGGAGAUGUUCGAGAACGGUAAUUACAGGCGGCGAAAGAGACGCGUGAAAUCUACAGGAAAGGACGAAAGAGAAAACGGCGACGAAACGUCAGCAUUAGGAGAUGAAUUCGACGAUUCCGACGGAGGCGAUGAUCGUUUAUCCGACAUUGGAGACGACAUAUCUAACAAUGGUGAAGACGACAGUGGUAUUAAUAUUUGUUCAGAAGACGACAAUUCGCGGGACUCAUUGGAGAUACGCACGGAUGUCUCUAGAUGUGUACGGAACGAAACAAAUAACAAUUGUAAUAUCAGAAUUGGACAGUGUCCGGAAACCCGGAAAUCCCUCUUUACCAUAGACAGCAUCAUAGGAAACGACAACACCUCAGAUCGGAAAGACCCGGAAAUUGGAUCUAUCAAACGAAAAUCGUCAACGUCCGACGAUGUAAACGGUAAUGAAAACAUCAAAAAGAAAAAGUUUGAUAUAUUUGAUAGAAUUCCAAGUCCCCCUCCAAAGAUUAUUGACUUGAAAGGACAAAAUCCAACAUCAUUGCAGCUCUCUUUAGCGACAGCUGGUAUGUAUGGGCAUGGUGGUCUCAUCCGGAACACACACCAUGGAAUUCCGGCUAACAUUUUGUCCCUUCCGGGAUACGGACAUCUAGGAGGUUAUUCCCACCGACCCUCCCAAGAACUUAUGAUGCGGUCCCCCGGGAUAACGCACCUCCCCAUGAACAUGGCUCUCGCCUCUCUGUGUGACAGUGAGUGGAACCAAAGACAGGUGGGACUUUCUCUCAGGUAAAAAUUGUAAUUAUAGUGAUAUUACAAUAUGAAAAAGAAAAUCCGGAAUAUCGGACUAUAAAGUAGUAUUCCUCGUUUUGUGAAUCUGUGAUUUUUAGUAUAGAACUCAAGGAGCCAAAUGAGUGUGACAUAACCCCUUAAUGUGUAUGUGUUGCUGAACAAUGACAAAGCACGUGCACGUUUUGGACACAAUAUGAUUGUGAAUUACUUCAAGAAAACGUUGAAAUUUACAUUUUUUCUUGACAAUGAUGAACAUGACAGAUUGUAGUGCUCGUUUCGUACAUUAUGUAGAAAUCUUACAAAAUAUACACAGUAUGAUUUCAACUGUAUGUGUUAAUGUAACCAGGAUCCUGUAACUGUCAUUGUAGAGAAAAUACAGACGAAAUAUUUGCCUGUUGAAUAUAAAAGAAUUAUGUGGACGAAAUAAUAAAAAGAAAAACAAUUGAAAAAUAUACAUUUCCGUGUUUGUGAUAUUGAAAAUGUCUCGCGUCUUGAUGUGGUAAUUAAUGCGUGUGUAAGUGUUGUUAACUAAGUGAUAUUUCAUAAAUUUAAAUAUAUCGUGUGUAACAAUU